AUGGAGCUGGCUGGAGUGGGUGGCACAUUCAUGAGGCAUGCAAGUCCUAAUGAGCGUCGCUGCAUCACGCGAGAAGAUUUGAGAUACUACAAUUCAGUGGUUAUCGGCGCCACCUAUGAGUUCAAGGACCGCGGCGACCUUGAUUUACGGUCACGUAGCACCUACUAUUGGGCGCUGACAGCCUGCAUCAAACAACACCCAUUUCUCGGUGUUGUUAUUAGACAGGAGCACACCGAAAGACCGUUCUACGAACGCGCCUCUGAGAUUCACCUCGAGUCCCAUACUCUCAUCGCUGGCGACCUUCAAGACAACAACAUAACAAAGGGCAUCGAAUCGGUGCUGGCAUCGACCGCACUCGACCGAUCCUGGCUUGGAGACGAUAAGCCGCCUUGGCGGAUCGUCGUCUAUCCCAUACUCUCUCCGCGAGAAGCAAAGCCUUCAAGGUGCUUCAUUGCCUUCUCAUUCUCACACGGUCUUAGCGAUGGCCUUGCCGGACCGGCAUUCCACCGGACAUUCCUGAGUGCGAUGUCAGAGCCGAGCAUGAGCAAAGAGACCCCAGCGGUGAUUACUUCCGAUCUGACCUUAUCAGCUCCGUUUGAUACUCCGGAGAGGCUUCCAAUUUCCUGGGCCUUCCUUCUAGGCCCACUGUUGGCUCUGUGCUUGCCCAAGUUCAUUGCCAAUUUCCUAGGGUUGCGUGCUUCGACCACUACAAUUGAUGAAAGGACCUGGCUCGGAGCUCCGAUAUUCAUCGGCAAGGAUAGCUCCCCUACGCAGCUCAGGAUCCUGGAGAUCGAAGGUUCUCUUCUGCAGCGAUCUCUACAAUUGGCAAGGGAAAAUGGCUCGAAGCUCACAGCCAAUCUCCACCAGAUGAUAGUUCGGGCUCUGAGUCAGUCAAUCCCAAGCCCCCUGGUUGACAAUUUCGUUUCACAGACGGCAGUCAACAUGAGGGGUUCUAUUGGUGCUUCUGCCACUGAGAUGGGAAUGUUUGUCACGGGCUUUUAUGAUAUACAUCGGCGUGUGGACGGCAAAGCUCCUUUUUCUACUCAGGAAUGGGUAACAGCCAGCUCAAUGACGAAGUCCCUCGCUGAAAGUGCUACCAAACUGCAAGAUCAGCCAAUUGGAUUGCUUCGGUAUGCCCCCAGUAUCCGGAAAUACUUGACCGGAAAGCUCGGGCAGAAGAGAGACUGCUCCUACGAACUGAGCAACCUUCUUGCCUUCUCGAAUGCUCCCAGCGAUGGUACCUGUAACAUCACAAACAUGAUCUUCUCCCAGCCUUCUGGUGUAGCAACUGCGCCGCUGACAUUCAGCGUUAUCAGUGUUGGUGGGGGAAGUUUGAUGAUUGCCGUCACCUGGCAACCAGGGGCUUUGGGCUCCGUUCCAGGUGGUGAGCAUCAAUUUGUUCAGAGCAUCUGUGAGUCCAUUCAUUCUGACUUCAGAAAUCUAACGUAA